AUGGCGGGUAUUCUUUCUUCCAUAGUAGUUGGCUAUUUCGUUGCGGGAGCACUAGGUAAAACUGGGGUAAUUGAUGACAAUGGAGCUCACCAGUGUGAUUGGAACCCGGCCGGUCCGCUCAAUCCUCACCUAAGCAAGAGGGCUUGCUCUCUUCCUUUUAGUGAAAACCGAGCCUCUACAGUGUCUAGUUGGCGUCCCUGGACGCAUAGGCCGGUUUGUACCAGCGCAAAGACGAAAUCCAGGUAUUGCGCUUUCGUCAAGGAUGACUUCCGUGGGGAGUCGAGCAUACUCAUUCUCACCAGUCCAGAAGUGGCAGCCGGGGACCUUAGCUUUGUUGAUGACUUUGAUACGCAAUGGCUCGAAUCCGGCCCUUUGUUCCCGCUGCCCGAGACAGCGCCGUACGAGGUCAAGGAAAUGGCGGGUAAAGGUUUCGGCAUUGUGGUGAACUCGACAAUUCCCGCGGGUAACGUCAUCAUGCGAGAGUAUCCGGCAAUCUUGCAGACAACGUCGACGGAGUUGUCGGGGAAAAUCGAUGCAGGAGAGGCUUUAUGGGUGCUAGAGGAGGGUUUCAUCCGACUGCCGACGAAAGAUCAGUUGAAGGUGUUUAAUCUUGCGAGGAGCACGGGCGGCCAUGUUCUCGAAGAUACUAUCCGGACGAACACUUUUGGCGUGACUUUUAACAAUGCCAGCCAUUAUGGGUUGUUUCCAGGAGUUGCGAGAAUUAACCACGCUUGCAGACCAAACGCAAUAACUCGUUUCUCUCCAAGAACAUUGGCGUUAGAAGUGUUUGCGUAUCGGGAUAUCCAGGCAGGCGAAGAACUUAGCAUCAGUUGUCAGAACCCCAAAUCCUUCGGCGCCGCCCCCAUCACAGUCAUACUAAUACAAAAAAAAAUAGAUGCUCCAUUAAACAUGAUUUAUGAGGACCGUCAAAAGACGCUCAAAGACUGGGGCUUUAAUUGCACUUGCUCCCUCUGCAGCAGCUCUAGCGACAUCGUGGCGGCGUCAGAUGGCCGGCGUGAACGCAUACAGCAAAUCCUUUCGGCACUUGACAACCCUGUUUUCCGCUCGUCGACUACUCUCAUUGGGGAGCUGGCAGACGAAGUGGAUGUCAUCUUGGAGAAGGAAGGGCUGACGGCGCAGAGGGGCGACUUUUACGACAUCCUCGCCAGGGUUUAUAUAGACAUGGGUGAUGUCAAAUUGGGCAGGAAGUAUGCAGAGAUGGCUGCGGAGAAGCUGGCGCAUUUUGCGGGGUACGACGACGAGAGGACGGAGAGGGCGAGGGUGCUUUUGGGGGAGUUGGGGAAGGCUGGGGCAACAUAA